AUGGUCGCCUUUCUUCGGCCCCGCGACGCAGUUUAUCCGUUUCGCAAAGAUGCAAAUAGGAUCUCGUCAUCACUCGCUGGCGUAGAUGCCGUGGGGAACGAGUCGGAAACGAUUAUAAAUUUCGGACUGGGCUGGCUAACAGACCUAUGGUCAGACGCUCAGCCCACAUUCGCUAGAUACUUGUCGCUAUUGCUCUUAUACCUAAUGCUUCUCCGAAUUAUCCAAGGAUUACUACCAUUGACAAUAUGCGUGUCCUGCGUCACUACCACAUCAGCAGCACCAUCUGGCACUAAUGACGUCAUUAUCCAGAUGUUUGAGUGGACGUGGGACAGCAUUGCUGCUGAAUGUGCAUCUUUCAUCGGCCCUGCAGGAUAUGGCUUUAUACAAGCUAGCCCAGCUCAAGAACAUGUCACAGGAGAUCAAUGGUGGACCGAUUACCAACCGGUUUCAUACAUCCUCACUUCGAAGCGUGGUAACCGUGACCAGUACACAAAUAUGAUCAAUACCUGCCAUGCUUCGGGAGUAAGGGUAAUUGCUGAUACCAUUUUCAAUCAUAUGUCCGGAUCAGAUUCUGACGUUGGCGUCGCUGGGAGUUCAUUUACGCACUACGACUACCCCGGCAUCUAUGAGUAUCAAGACUUCCACCACUGCGGGCUUGAACCGGGAGACGACAUUGUCAAUUACGACAAUCGAGUCGAGGUUCAGACGUGUGAACUAGUGAAUCUCGCGGACCUAGCGACAGAGACGGAGUACGUCCGCUCACGUCUUGCCGAAUACGGGAAUGAUCUACUGUCUCUUGGAGUGGAUGGCUUGCGCCUUGAUGCAGCUAAACAUAUUGCGGCAACGGACCUUGCUAAUAUUACCAGCCGGUUGAACCGCCCAGCAUACCUUACUCAAGAGGUCAUCUAUGGUGAGGGAGAGCCUAUUACACCAGCAGAAUAUGUAGGAAUUGGUAUGUUCCGCUACACCACCGCUCUUAAGAACGCUUUCCUGAGUGAUGGGAUUGCAAGUCUGCAGAACCUCGAUGAUCAAGGUUGGGUGCCCGGGGACGAUGCAAACGUUUUUGUUACGAAUCAUGACACUGAACGAAACGGCAAUUCACUCAACGACAAUUCGCCCUCAAAUACGUAUACACUAGCGAUGAUCUUCUCUUUAGCACAUCCGUAUGGAACGCCGACCAUUCUGUCCAGCUAUUCUGGGUUUACAAACACAGACGCAGGUGCACCAAAUGGCGGUGCAGGGACAUGUUCUACUGACGGAGGCGCCAACGGAUGGCUGUGUCAGCAUCGAUGGCCUGCUAUCACAGGCAUGGUCGGCUUCCGCAACAACAUCAGUGUCGCAUCACCCAACGCCCUCACGAACUGGGUUUCUCCGAGCUCACAGCGCAUCGCAUUCGCGCGUGGCGCAGCAGGCUUUGUAGCGAUCAAUAACGAGGACUCAGCCUGGUCGAUGACGUUUAACAGUGGAUUACCCGCAGGGUCGUAUUGUGACGUCGUUGCUGGGGUGCCAAACGGCGCGGUGUGUGCAGGACCGUCGUAUACCGUGGCAUCGGACGGUACCUUCACUCCGAUUAUCUCGGCACGAAACGCUCUUGCAAUCCAUAUCGGUGCUCUUGGGACCGGAAGUAGUGACGGCGGAGGAAGCACUCCGAGCACCGUCGCAGUCACAUUCGAUGAAACGGCUACUACAACCUUUGGCGAGAAUAUUUUCUUAGUUGGAAGCAUACCGGAGCUUGCUUCGUGGGACACAGACAAUGCUAUCGCCUUAUCAGCAGACACAUAUCCUGUCUGGUCCGUAACGGUCUCUCUACCUGCAAGCACGAGCUUCGAAUACAAGUUUAUCCGGAAGGAGACGGACGGCAGCAUCCAAUGGGAGAGUGACCCAAAUCGGAGUGCUAUGACGGGAACGGGGGCAGAGACUAUAUCGGCCUCCUGGAGAUAG